AUGAAGUCGGUAGUGGCCCAUUUCUCGACGCCUUUAAUCACUGCUAGAUUCUUCCCUACAUGUCUCGUCCAUCGACCAUCGAUCUCUGCUUUUGCUUUCCCAAUCGUCCGCCGCCGAAAUUCUUCUCUCACCAUGGCCUCCGCAGCUCAGUCUUCUUCUCAGGCAGUAUCACCAGGGAGUGUCAACAGUGAGACAGAUGUAUUCAAAUUGAUUCAAGCUCACGAGGACAAGGCUGCUCGUCUUUCUCCAGUGGAGGAAAUCCGAAAUGUGCUUAAUGGUAGUGUUUGCGGUAUGCUUUCCACUUUUUCUCAGAAGUAUGAGGGUUAUCCUUCAGGAUCAAUGGUUGAUUUUGCUUGUGAUGCUGAUGGUUCUCCGAUUCUCGCAGUCAGUAGCUUGGCUGUUCAUACGAAGGAUUUGUUAGCUAAUCCAAAAUGCUCAUUACUGAUUGCUAGAGAGCCAGAAGAUAGGACUGGUUUGAGGAUCACCCUACAUGGUGAUGCAGUGUUGGUUUCUGACAAAGACCAAGCGGCUGUUCGAUCUGCCUAUUUUGCCAAGCAUCCCAAAGCUUUCUGGGUUGAUUUUGGAGACUUCAGCUUUAUGCGAAUUGAACCGAAAGUGGUCAGAUAUGUUUCAGGGGUUGCAACUGCUUUUCUAGGAUCCGGAGAAUUCAGCAAAGAGGAGUACCAAGGUGCCAAACUCGAUCCUAUAGCUCAGUUUGCAAAGCCUGUAACGUCACACAUGAAUAAAGACCAUGAAGAGGAUACCAAAGCCAUCGUAUACCAUGUAACAUCCAUACCUGUGGACAGCGCCUUGAUGCUGGAUUUGGACAGCCUUGGUUUCAAUGUUAAGGUUACUCUUCAAGGGAACACUUUCAAGCUCCGAGUUCCGUUCCCAAGACCCGCACAAGACAGAAAGGAUGUGAAGACACUGAUAGUGGAAAUGCUUCAAGCUGCCAAGUCUCCUUCCAAUUAG